UAAGAAGAUCACGAGACAGGCAAACAUUUGCGAAAAAUAAUAUAUCGUACCUUCAUUAACAUGCUUAUGUUUUUACAUACAGUGUUCCAAUGUAUAUAUGUAUAAAAGGUUUUAAAACGAUUAAAAAAAAUGUCAGCAGAAUGCCGCUGUCAUAAAGCCAUGUGAUCAAACAUUCACAUGAUCGUUUCAGCCGUCAUGUGACUCGAUAGCUGCCUCGCCAGUCAGGAACCGUACUGUUUUCUUGCGGCUUCAAGGAUCUCGGAAGUAAAUAGCUGAAAGAAAACCAAAAUGAGUGUAAGCUUGGACAUCCGGCUUAAGAGGGCAAACAAAGUCUAUCACGAAGGGGAGGCUCUUUCGGGGGUGGUGGUGGUGAUGAGUAAAGACUCCGUUCAGCACCAGGGCCUCUCCCUCACCAUGGAGGGAACUGUGAACCUGCAGCUCAGCUCCAAGAGCGUCGGCGUGUUUGAGGCCUUCUACAACUCCGUCAAGCCCAUUACGCUCAUCAGCAGUAACAUAGAGGUGGUCAAACCAGGGAAAUUCCCCGGCGGCAAGACGGAAAUACCCUUCGAGUUCCCGCUGCACGUGAAGGGGAACAAAGUGCUCUAUGAGACGUACCACGGCGUCUUCGUGAAUAUUCAGUACACCCUGCGAUGUGAUAUGAAGAGAUCCCUGCUAGCCAAGGACCUGAGUAAGACCUGCGAGUUCAUGGUGCACUCCCUGCCACAAAAGGGGAAGCUGACGCCCAGUCCAGUGGAGUUCUCUAUCACUCCAGACACCCUGCAGAACGUGCGAGAGAGAAGCUCCCUACCAAAGUUUCUCAUUCGGGGUCAUCUUCACGCGACUACCUGUAUCCUCAGCCAGCCCCUGAGUGGAGAGCUGGUGGUGGAGAGCUCAGAAGUGCCGAUCAAGAGCAUUGAGCUGCAGCUGGUUCGAGUGGAGACCUGCGGGUGCGCGGAGGGCUAUGCCAGAGACGCCACCGAGAUUCAGAAUAUCCAGAUAGCGGAGGGCGAUGUUUGUCAUGGCUUUCCUAUCCCCAUAUACAUGGUCUUUCCAAGACUGUUCACCUGCCCGACCCUGGAAACCACCAACUUCAAAGUCGAGUUUGAAGUGAAUGUUGUAAUUGUUCUCCACGAUGACCAUCUUAUUACAGAGAACUUCCCUCUGAAAUUGUGCAGAGUCUGAGGUUUGGUGAAAAAAAAAAAGAAGUCUUCAGACAAUAUUAUGCAGCCAUGCAGGAAAAAUAACUUUUGAGAAGCAGACAAAACAUAUUUUAUGAAGUUCAAGAAGACCCGGUUGAGCGAAGGACGACGAGUCCUGCUAUGGACAAUGCACAGAAAAUAAAACGCCCCAGAGCACUGCAGAAUCACCUGGACCGAAGUAGCAGCCGGACCAUUGCUUUGUCUGUUUGGAGCCUUGCAGAUUGAACAUAUUUACUUAGCAUUGCAAGGUGUGAAAGGUUAAUGCUGUACCCUUUAAAUGUAUCUACAUUGUGAGGCUAACAGUAUUAGCAGUGAAUAAACCUGACACUUCAGCACUCAUACUUGUUCUAGUUAUAAACACCCCUGCCCAUAUUUACUAAUUGUGGAAAGACCAAAAACUAGAUUUUGAUUGUAUAAACAGCCAAAAUAAAAAUAAAACUGCAAGGCAUGUUUUCAUA